AAAGAAAUUAUUAUGUACACGGAGUUAUUAAUUUAUGGAGAUUUUUAUUUCGAAUCGGUUAUAGUGUAUGUCUAAUUUUGUAAAAAAAAUCGAGAUCCAUACUAAAAAUUGAAGAAUUGGUGACUGGCGGAGCUUAUUGAUCCAACGAAAAUUUGUUAGCUUUCCCAAUCAAAUUUCUCCCAAAUGGACAGCGAUUCCAGAAACCCUACCUCCGAUCGCCACCCUAGUCACGGCGGCGCUUCCACGAGCAUUCUUCCCAUAACAGCAACCACCGACGACGUCGCACCGUCCAGCAGCAGAUUGUCCCGGGUCGAAUGGCCCACCAUUGAUGGCCCGCUCGGCCUCUCGCACGAAGAUUCGCUUGCGUAUGCUCGCAGAUUCUUCAAAUUGGGAUUUUUAUGCCUGCCUUUCCUUUGGGCCGUCAAUUGCUUCUAUUUCUGGCCACUCCUUCGCCACCCCCAUUCUCAUCAUUCAAACCCUCGCCUCCGCACCUAUCUUGUUGGAUCAGCAAUUGGUUUCACGCUGUUCACAGCUAUUCUAUCCUCAUGGGCUCUUACCUUUGCCAUUGGAGGGGAGCGUAUGUUUGGGCAUGUUUGGGAGGAAUUGGUAUUGUACAAUGUGGCUGACAAAUAUGGCUUAACUGGAUGGAUCUAGAUAUGUUCCUAUUUCCUACUUGUAUACGUUCGGGAUCUACAUGCACUAGUAUGUAUUCUUUUUUUCCAGAAAACUAUUUGGGGUGUUAUGUUCAGUUACUGCCUUUUAAUUACGGCUUUACAAACAAGUUUCUUUGUUGUUGUUGUUGUGCACAUCACGGGGGUUGUGUUAUGAAGUCCCUUUUCCUAUUAAUGACAUGUGGGCUCUGUGGUGACUGUUUGAUAUAAAGGAUGCAAAAUCUUGGUUUUUUUGUUCUUGAUUA